UUGGUCCUUCGGCCGGAUUGCAAUUCGCAUAACUGAAUACAACGUAAUUAGAAUUAUUAUUAUUUUGUUUAAUUAAAUAAAUAAAAAAAAAAAAAAAAAAAAAAGUUAUAGCAUUCCGUAAAAUUAAGUGCGCGUGGUAAAUCGUUAUAUACUCAUAUGUGUUCAGCAAAUAUUAAACAUGCAUAAUUAAGGUGAAUUACACAAGCAAGAAGGACAGUGAUGGGGCGAUGUGGUAAGUUGUAUCAGUGCAAAUUAUUACUUAUUUCCUAAAAAUAAAUCCUAUCUAUGAGUUUGAAAGUCUCCUUCAGGUACCUAAAUUUAAUUGGGAAAUUGUUGAGAAGGUCAUAACUAUAGUACAACUCGGUAUAGAUAAUAAAUAAUUGGCUGUUGGCGUACGUUAUCACACUAAUACACAUUACUUACAAACACACAGCUGUCUAUCGUGAUCGGCGAUCCCGUCCACUUUAGACACCAAGCUGUCACGCAUACACAUACACAGGACAUACACACUCAAAAACGCGUACUUCAAUAUGUCAGAUUUAGUUUCGUUAAAAACCCGCAGAGGGCAAUUAAAAGGGCAGUUAACAAGGUUCAGUACAUAUGUAAAUAAAGAUUCAGUGGACCCAAUCGAAAUUAAAUGUCGAAGUAAGAGGAUGGAAGAAUUAUGGUCAGAAUUUGAUCAAGUGCAAUCUAAAAUAGAGUCAUUUGAAAACGAAACUGAUGAUUACCGUAUAGAGUUUGAAGAAAUAUAUUUUAGCGCUAUAGCGUUAGGUGAGAGCCAAAUGCAACGUGUUAGCGCAAAAAAGGAUGAUGCGGGUGGUGUAAGAUCAAUUGCAACAGCGCAAACAAUUAAUUGUAGCACGAAUUCGUGUUGCAACAGCACAACCGCAGCAUUGAAAUUGGCACCGAUAGAUGUACCAAAAUUUUCGGGUGCAUAUGAGGAAUGGUCGGCUUUCCACGAUAUUUAUAUGGCAAUGAUACAUAAUAAUCCAGGGAUAGAUGAUAUACAGCGAUUUUUUCAUUUGCGUUCGUGCCUAAAAGAUGAGGCGGCACAAGUUAUAAUGUAUAUAGAAACGACAGCCGCAAAUUAUAACGUAGCGUGGAAUAGCGUGGUGUCUCGAUAUAAUAAUAAAAAGGUGUUAGUGCAGUCACACACGAAAGAGUUGUUCGAUAUUCCGGCGAUAAACGAGGAAGCUGUACAAUUAAGAAAAUUAGUAGAUCAAUUAAAUGGUCAUAUAAACGCGUUGGAAGCACUAGGAGAGAAACCUAGAGAGUGGGGCUCAAUAUUACUGCACCUUAUCGCAACUAAAUUAGAUUCCAGUACACUCAAAGCGUGGGAAACGGUAUCUCCUAAAAAUGAAAUACCCAAAGUACAAGUGUUACUUGAAUUUUUAGAAAAGAGAUUUAAAGUAAUUGAAGCAGUGGAGACCUCGUCAAGUAUAAAUGUCCAUAAUGACGAAAAAAUAAAAUAUAAUAUGAUUAACAGAAAAAAAACCAAAAAUAACCACAAAUCAAUCGCGUUUCCAACAUAUGGUGGUGUGAAAUGUUAUAAUUGCCAAUUAGCGCACUCGAUAUAUAAAUGCCCAUCUUUUCUUGCUUUACCGGUUCCCGAUCGAAUAAAAAGGGUGGGUGAACUUCAAUUAUGCAAGAUAUGUAUUCGGUCUCAUAUCGGAAAGAAAUGUGAUGGAAAAAAAUGUUUUCAAUGUCAUAAGGCGCAUAACACAUUAUUACAUUUAAAAAUAAAUAAUAAGACGGAGAGUAAUUCUUCAGAGCAAUUUAAAGAUAAUACCGAAGAAAUACCCACGACAAGCAAUUUGAGUAUAUCGGCACACGCAUCAGCGAUAAGCUAUAGACAAGUGCUCCUAUCAACCGCAGUAAUUAACGUAUUUAAUAAUGAUGGCAAACCGGUAAGGUGCAGAGUUUUAUUGGACUCCGGUUCACAAAAUAAUUUUAUCACAGAGCAUAUGGCGCAAAUGUUAAGAUUGCGACGUAAAAAAGUUACUUAUGAUGUAGCUGGAAUCGGGCACGCAUUACAUACCAUAGGAUCCGAGAUUACGGUAACGGUGGGUUCCUGUAUAACGGAUUUCAAAGCAAAUAUAUCAUAUUUAAUAAUACCUUGUAUAACAAAAAAUAUUCCGAUAAGCACGGUAAAUACGGAGACCAUAAAUAUACCAAAUAAUAUUGUACUAGCCGAUAAAUCAUACAAUAGACCACAACGCAUAGAUAUGUUGAUGGGUAUUGAAUUAUUUUUCGAUUUAUUAGAUCAAGGUCAAAUUAAAUUAAAUGAAAAUGGCCCUAUAUUGAAAGAAACAAAGUUUGGUUGGAUUGUGGCAGGUCCAAUUUCUAAUAAUAAAUCGAAUUUAAAAGAGACACAAAAUAUUUGUUUAAGUACGUAUCAAGUAGAUGAUAAUUUAGAUGAAAGGAUUGCGAAGUUUUGGAGAUUGGAAAAUAUAGAUAAAAAUACUCAUUAUACAUUGGAAGAAAAGGCUUGUUACGAUCAUUUUACUAAAACAGUACGCCGCGACGAUACGGGCAAAUUUGUCGUACGGUUGCCGUUCCGGGAAGACAUUAGCAAAUUGGGUAAUUCUUAUAAAAACGCGUACAGACGAUUUCUGUCUACAGAAAAACGAUUAGAACUAAAUAAAAAGUUAGGUAAGGAUUAUCAGCAAUUCAUGUAUGAUUACCUAUAUCUUGGUCACAUGGAACCGCUGCGCGGCGCGGGGGAAGGGUCGGUCAAUGAACCAGGCUAUUUUCUACCGCAUCACGCUGUAGUAAACGAUAACAGUAGCACCACUCGUCUGCGCGUAGUAUUCGACGGUUCUAGUAAAACCGAUACAGGGAUAAGCUUAAACAAUGUCCUAUUAAAAGGACCAACAAUACAAGACGAUUUAUUAAAUAUUUUGGCUAGGUUUCGUACACACAAAUACGCUAUAUCCGCAGACAUAUCGAAGAUGUACCGUCAAAUUUGGAUUGCACCGGAGCAUCGGAAAUAUCAAAAAAUAUUUUGGCGUGAAAAUAAGGAACAGCCUAUGCAAAUAUUUCAAUUAAAUACGGUCACUUAUGGUAUUGUCUCGGCAUCGUUCUUAGCUACCGCGUGCUUGUAUAAACUAGCGGAGGACGAGCAUAGUAAUUUUCCAAAAGCGUGUAAUACAAUAAAAAAUGACUUUUACAUGGAUGAUUAUUUAGGGGGUGCAAAUACGAAAGAGAUGGCCAUACAAUUACGUAAUGAUUUGCGAACAGUGUUACAAUCCGGUGGCUUUAACUUACGAAAAUGGUCUGCCAAUGAUCCGGAGUUAUUAAAAAAUUUAAAUACGGAAAAUAGUGAUUCUAUGUUGGUACUCGAAUUAGAAAACGAAAUGGCGAAAGUUCUCGGGGUACUGUGGCAUCCUAGGAAAGAUAUAUUUCAAUAUAAAGUACAGGAUACAAGUUCGGAAAUUCAAUCGACAACAAAGAGAAGCAUAUUAGCGCAAAUAGCUUCAUUGUUCGACCCACUCGGUUUAGUGGGACCUAUAAUUAUAAAGGCAAAAAUUUUAAUGCAAGAAAUGUGGAGGUUAAAAAUUGAUUGGGAUAAACCGGUACCGACGAAAAUGCAAGAUGAGUGGACGAAAUAUUUACACGAAUUGGCAAGUUUACGGGAAUUGUGUAUACCGCGUUUUUUGUGUACGGAAGAUAAUUGUUAUAUAGAGGUUCAUGGUUUCGCUGACGCCAGUUUAGCCGCCUAUGGCGCGUGCAUAUACGUCCGCACUACAAAUAAUAGUGGUGUUUGUACAUCGCAUUUAUUGUGUGCAAAAUCUAAAGUUGCGCCUUUAAAAGUUAUAUCACUUCCCCGAUUGGAACUAUGUGCGGCCGUAAUUUUGGUAAGGCUGUACAAUAAAGUAAUACCAAAAUUAGGUAUACAAAUACAACGGCGAUAUUUUUGGUCUGAUUCGUCAAUCGUCUUAGCCUGGGUAACUUCACCUUCUACGCGUUGGCAAACAUUUGUUGCGCAUAGGGUGGGGGAAAUUCACGAUCUUAGCUCAGUAAACGAAUGGCACCAUAUUGGAACUAAGGACAAUCCCGCGGAUAUUAUUUCACGAGGAUGUGGUGCGAAAGAAAUUAUAAAUAGUUCUAUAUGGUGGCACGGACCAAGCUGGUUAACCAGCGAUCAUAAAACUUGGAAAAAAACUGUUUGCGAAUUAAAAUAUACCGAAAUACCAGAAGAGAAGGGUACACCGAAAACUGUUGCAUUUUUAGCACAACCGGUUAUAAACGAACAAAUAUUAAACAAUUAUUCCUCUUGGAAUAGAUUAUUGCGCAUUUUUUGUUAUUGUUUACGUUUUAUAAAAAUAAGAAUAAAAAAAAUUAAAGUAGUUGGUCCAAUAUUAUCAGAUGAAUUAAAAGAAGCUGAAAUAAUUAUAAUUAAAAUAGCUCAAGCUUCCUAUUGGUCCAGUGAAAUAAAUGAUUUAAAUAAAAAUUGCACUUUAACGAUAAAAAGUAAAUUACAUAAUUUACAACCCUUUUUGGAAAACGGAAUUAUACGAGUCGGUGGCCGCAUAAAAAAUGCCAAUCAUGUGAGUAUAGCACAGCGUCAUCCUAUUCUGAUUCCAAAAAAUAGUAUUAUUGCGAAAUUAAUAUUGCGUAACGAACACGAUCGACUUUUGCAUGCAGGCCCGCAAGCAAUGUUAGCAAACAGUCGAUUAAAGUACUGGAUAAUUGGAGGCAGAAAUAUUGCUAGACAUAUAUUUCACCAGUGUGUAAAGUGUUUUCGACUUCGACCAACAGUAGUUGAACCAAUAAUGGCGGAUUUACCAUCGGAACGACUGGAGCCAAAUCGACCGUUUAAAAAAUGCGGGGUUGACUAUGCCGGUCCUAUUACCAUAAAAACAAGUUUACGAAGAAAUGCUACAACAAUAAAAGGGUAUAUCUGUGUGUUUGUAUGUUUUAGCACUCGGGCAGUCCAUAUUGAAUUAGUUGCUGAUCUAACUGCUGAAGCAUUUCUAAAUGCUUUAAAACGCUUUAUUGGACGCCGCGGUGUAUGCUCCGAUAUAUUUAGUGAUAAUGCUACUAAUUUUGUGGGAGCUAAUAAUAAAUUGUUAGAGCUAAAAAAAAUAUUUCAUACUGAAGAGCAUUUAACUAAAAUAUACGAUGCUUUAUCGUCUGAGGGCAUAAGGUGGCAUUUCAUACCCCCUCGAUCCCCUCAUUUUGGCGGAUUGUGGGAGGCUUCCAUUAAAUCUAUAAAAAAUCAUUUAUACCGAGUUUUAGGUACGGCUAAUCUGACAUAUGAUGAACUGAACACCAUCUUAAUUAAAAUAGAGGCAGUCCUUAAUUCCAGACCUUUAACCCCAUGUUCCUCCGAUCCUACUGAUACGACACCAUUAACACCGGCUCAUUUUUUAAUUGGUGAACCUACCUGUUCAUUACCGGAGCCAGAUUUAACUGGUAUACCAGAAAAUCGAUUAAAACGUUGGCAGCGGGUAACGCAAUUGACUCAAAUAUUAUGGAAGCGCUGGAGUAAAGAAUAUUUGUCGCAACUUCAAACGAGGCAAAAGUGGUUAGCAAAUAGGGGCCCUAAGCUCAAGAUCGGUACUAUAGUAUUAGUGAAAGAAGACGACGUGCCCCCGAUGUCUUGGUCAAUGGGUCGAGUUGUUCGUGUCCAAGCUGGUGACGACGGUGUCAUCCGAGUGGCGACUAUAUUAUCAAAAGGAAAAGAAAUAUCCAGAGCUGUCCGUAAACUUUGUCCUCUUCCUUUUGAGGAUAAUAGUUCGUAAAAUAUUUUUUUUUUUAUUCUAUGAUAUCUUAUUGAUAUUUAAA